UUCUCCUAACUAUCAUCGACUAAACUGUGCAAACAGGACUUCUUUUUUUCUGCUAAAGUACAGUAGCACACAUUAAUUACUCUUAAAUUCAAUUAAUAAAAGUAUCUGUUUAAUCAGGUAAGCAGGAUACAACAUCAUAUAUUAUCUCACAAUUACCUUAGAAAAAGCGAUGAAUCAGAUUAGUGGACUUAAAAAUUAUAAUAAUUUCUUUCAUCCAAACGUUUGUCACGUUUGCACGAAGACGGAUAAUGGCACUUUUGUAACAUGUUCUAAGUGCCUUAUGAUUUAUUACUGUAAUACAAAACACAGAGAGGAGCAUAAAGGAAAGCAUAUACAAUUUUGUGGUUAUAUAUUACAGCUUCCAGCGAAAUAUAAAGUACUUCUUCACAGUUCUUCUUUAAACAUAACCGAAUGGGUCAACUCACGGGUGACGAUUUUGAAUAAACUCAAACAAAUAUCGCCACGUCAACUGAAACCGUACGAAGAACAAAUGAUUCUUUUUGCAAAAUCGUGUCGCAUUUGUCAUCAGCAAGUGCAAUUGCGCUCGUGCAAAAUAUGUCAGUCUGACUACUAUUGCAAUGAACAUGAAGAAGAAUUUCUGAACGAACAUACAAGAGAACAUUGCCGGAAGUUGAUGUUUCAACUCAAUCUAGAUAUCAUAAGUCUCUGGAUUGAUAAAGCUGAUCCUUGUAUAGGCCAGCUGACGUUUACCAGGUUUUCUGAUAGUAGGCAACAGAGAAAUAUAAGAGGACCGUUAACAUUCUAUUAUGCGAUGAAGAAGGCGAAUUUAUUACAUCUUCUAAACAUAAACCUAAGCGAAUUCGUUGUUCAUAUAAUAACAUCAAGCUACCUUGGAAGAAAAUAUGUGGAUCCUUGGGAACUACUUUUGCAUUUGCGUCCUAGUAUAGGUCAGCUAACAGUUGUAAUGGUAGGACCAACAAUGCAAGCUAGUAAUGGAAAUAUCAGAGUCUGUAAUCGUUGUCAAAAGGAAUAUUAUGGGCGUGAACAUAAAUAUGAGAUUCAUUCUAUGACGUAUUUGAAUUACACAAAGACCCCAUCGUAUAAACAACCAAAUAUGGUUAUAUCUGAAGAUUUUCUUAAAGAAGCAGUCGGUGAUUUUAUAAAGAUAAUAAAUAAAAUUAAGUGUCCAUUUCUUCUGGCUGCAACUUCGGAAACUAAAGGGAAAGCAUACAUAAAAAUGAAUAAAAAACUUCUACAUAUAGAACCUAUAUAUAAUGGCCGAAAUAAUUUCAAAUCCCUUAGACCAUGGAGAUGCUUGACGACAGGUUCUGUCUACUAUCGUAAUGUUUAUUUAAUUGUCUAUCAUAAUUUGAAGCAAUGUAAAUAGUCAUCUUUAGAAUCAUCUAUGAUAGACUUUGC